GGGAAACUGCCGCUAUCUGCAGCUGGGAAGUGAAAAGAUCAAACACAGCCCAGUCAGCAUGUUCAGACCUCAAAAUAAUCUUGUUCUUUGCAAGAAAUCUGUACGAUUCUCAGAAGCGUGGGUUAAUGCUCCCGCGUGAGAACUUCCCACCUGCCACCCGAGGAUAUUAAGAGACCGGAGGAGCAGCAGCUCCUGACACACAGGAAUGAUGAGAGGGCUUUGGCUUCUGUUGGUUUUUGUGGCCGCGGCCAAAGCUGAGAGACUCUUCACCGGGGAUCAGGUGAUCAGGAUCAAUGUGCAGUCACAGGAACAAAUCCAGCUCCUGCAGGCUCUGGAGGAGGCAGAGGAGUGGGGGUUGGAUUUCUGGCUCGACCCAGUCUCUACUGAGCUUCCUGUAGAUGUCCGAGUGCCAGGCUCCAGUCUGAGCUCGGUGAAAAAUUUCCUGGAUGCCCACAACAUUCCCUUCUCCGUCAUGAUUGACAACGUCCAGGAUCUCAUUGAUUCGGAGGGAGCUGAGAUGAUGGAGAACCAGAUGAAGGAGCGCACUACCAAAAGCUUCAACUUUGGAGCCUAUCAUACUCUGGAGACACUGAUGGCUACUUGUCGCUCCAUCUGCCUACAGAUCUACAACUGGAUGGACACCCUUGUGGCUCAGUAUCCAAAGCUGGUGACCAAGGUGGAGAUUGGCAGAUCCUAUGAGAACAGGCCAAUGUAUGUGCUCAAGUUCAGCACCGGUGGGAACAAACGGCCCGCUAUCUGGAUCGACACUGGCAUCCACUCCAGGGAGUGGGUGUCUCAGGCCACUGGAGUCUGGACAGCCAACAAGAUUGCCACGGACUACGGUACCGAUGUCUCCCUGACCUCCCUUUUGAACACCAUGGACAUUUACAUGCUGAUACUGGCCAACCCUGAUGGCUAUGCUUAUACCCACACCAAUGACCGUAUGUGGCGUAAGACUCGCUCCAGGAACUCAGGCUCUUCGUGCCGUGGAGUGGAUCCCAACAGGAACUGGGAUGCGGGCUUUGCUGGCCCCGGGGCCAGUAAAUACCCCUGCUCUGACUCCUACCACGGCCCCUUUGCUCACUCUGAGAUCGAGGUGAAGAACGUGGUGGACCUGAUCAAGAGCCACGGCAACUUCAAGUCCUUCAUCUCCGUCCACGCCUACUCUCAGCUGCUCAUGUACCCCUACGGCUACUCCUACAUCGCCGUGCCCGAUCAGCCCGAGCUGGACUCUGUUGGCAGAGCAGCUGUACAGAAACUCACUUCUCUCUAUGGCACCAGAUACAAGGUCGGGAGCAUCUGCAACAUCAUCUACCAAGCCAGUGGUGGGAGCAUUGACUGGGCUUACAAUUUGGGCAUCAAAUACUCGUUUGCCUUUGAGCUGAGAGACACCGGUCGCUAUGGUUUCCUGCUGCCAUCUUCUCAGAUCAUCCCCACCGCCACAGAGACUUGGCAGGCUUUGAAGUACAUGAUGGAGCAUGUCCGUGACAAUCCUUACUAAUGCUUUAAAAUAAGUUCACACGGAUCUUUGAACAUGUUACAAAUAAAGCUAUUUAACAUGUA